AAUUUUACCGUUCGAACGCAUGACGCGAUCAACGAUAGGCGGACCAAUCCGGAAGUGGGGCAAAUGAUAGAAGCGCAUGCGCGCGGUUCCGCCUUAAAGAUUCGUCAGUAUUCGAAUCGUAGCGUCGGUAGAUAGCGCUGCGGUGGCCGGCUACUUCGUUAGAGGCAGAGACGUUCCUCUCCAGCAACAUCGAGAUCCAGUUUCCCUUAAGCCGCUCUCGCGCGUUUGUCUGUUCUCGUCGCGUUCGCGUCGUGUCCUACCGAUUAUUUUCUCCUUCCUCCCCCCUCCCCGCCCGCGCACGAGAUCGUCGACACGGUAGAGAGCCGCGCGGUAUACACACGGACGUGUCGUCGUAGCACCGAGUGUCCCGCUUUUAAAAGUAAUUGCCCGGUGCCGAGUCCCAGGAUGGCGUUCAACGGAGACGGACCACACUCCAAGAGGCAGCGACUUGAAGAAUCUGGUCACAGGAAUCACGAGUAUGGCGGGUACGGAGACGAGCCGCGACGUAAAAGAGAAGACAAUAAUAAACCAAACCACGUUCUCCUCUUCACAAUUAUUAACCCGGUCUACCCCAUCACUGUGGAAGUGCUGCACACGAUCAGCGCGCCCAGCGGCCAAGUACAACGCAUCGUUAUUUUCAAGAAGAACGGCGUUCAAGCGAUGGUGGAGUUUGACUCGGUGGAAUCGGCGACGAGAGCGAAGGAGACGCUUCACGGAGCGGACAUAUACUCCGGUUGCUGCACAUUGAAGAUCGAUUUCGCCAAGCCCACCAAACUGAACGUAUACAAGAACGACGCAGAAAGCUGGGAUUACACGACGCCAACGCUGGGAUCGAGCGCGAACAACCAAACGUUCCAAAGUGUUGUACGUCCGUUCUCUACGUGCAAAACAUAA